AUGUCUGAUAUUCCAGUGCUUAGCGAAGCGUCGUCGAAUCCGAAAUUCGGAUGUCUCGGCGCGAAUCGCUUCAUCAUUCUCAUUAUCGCUGUUCUUUUCUUUUCAUCGCACAUGUCGGCGCUGAUCGCCUACAAUGCAACUUAUGUUUCUCUCGUCAAUCUCGAAUCGUCGCCGCUAUGGGACGAUUUCGUGAGCUCAAACAAGACGGUCGACGAGGUCGAUUGGAAUUCGUCCGAUUUGCCAUUGUCAGAUCGCCGCUUUGCAUUCACUACUGUACAUAAAAGUCUCGGAUUUGCUGGUGGUUUCCUGGGCGGAAUUAUCGCCGUUGUUCCACUUGCUGAAUUAUCUCGAAGAUUCGGCAUUCAUUUGAUAAUGACAAUUCUCGGAGUUCUUUCGACAAUUCUCGUCCUCCUAACUCCGAUUGUCAUCAGUUGGUCGUUUCCGGUAUUUGUAGUUGUUCGUGUUUUACAAGGAAUGACAUUUUCGAAUAUGUUCACAGCAGCCGGAGUUGUGUGCAAUUCGUGGGGUGCUAUUAACGAAAAAGGCCUCUUCAUUUCGUCGCUUUCUGCCCAUAUCGAACUCGGUGCUGUCUUCACAAUGCCUGUUUCGGGAGCCGUCGCAAGCAGUGCCGGUUGGCCGUGGGUUUUCUAUCUACAUGGCAUUAUCAUCGGAAUUUUCACCUUGCUCUGGGCAAUAUAUUAUAGAGACCGCCCAACAAGCCAUCCGUUCGUCGGACAGCCGGAAUGGCGAAAAAUCAGUUUAGGAAAGGGACAAACCGGAGCGAAAACUCCAAAGGCUCCGAUUCGAAAAAUCAUGAGCUCAAUUGUAAUUUGGUCUGUGUGGAUCGCCGUCAUCGGCAACUUUUUGGUUUCGCAAUUCUCAAUUUCUUACGCUCCGAUUUAUAUGCGCGGCGUGAUCGGCGUCGAGCCAGUUGAAGCCGGUCUUCUCACUCUCAUUCCGAUGGCGUGUCUUCUCGUCAUCAAAUUCUGUACAGGAUUCUUUUCGGAUCGCAUUAAGAGCAUCAGUGAGCUCAAUAAAAUUAAACUGUUCAACACAUGCGCCUUAUUAGGCUCUUCAAUAUUUUUCAUCGUUCUUUCAUGUUCUAAACCGGGUGGAAAUCGGGCAGCGGAUGUGGCACUUGUGUCAAUUCCAAUGGCUCUUUUGGGCUUCUCAUCCGGCGGCUAUGGAAAAUGCGCGGUAAUGGUUGCCGGCCAAUAUUCUCCCUUCGUAAUGUCUGUAAUUCAAAUCACAGCAAUGGUAUCUCUUAUGGGUGGCUCAUUCCUCGUUCCAGCUCUUACACCAACGGACAGUUUCCAAGAAUGGCGAACAGUGUUUGCCAUUUAUGGAGCCGUUCUUUCGUUCACAAAUUCAGUGUUCAUCGUUUUUGCGAGAGCUGAGCCAGCAAAAUGGGCAACUCAGACAGGCGAUGUGACAGUAAUUCGAGCUGUAAUGGGACACGAGAUCGAGGAAGGACAGAUUAAAAGACAUCAACAAACGCAAACAAAUAUUGAAGCCGUUCGACCCGAUUGUCUACCAUCAACAUCAAGCGGAUUCCCAAAUUCCGUCUAUCCCGAUUCAACGCCCGUCGCCUACCGACUGUCAGCAGUUCUCGACGAGGUUCUACCCGAAGAAACACCAGUGCGCCCACCUCGCCGACCUAAAAAUUCUCAAAAUACCAACGUAUCUCAAAUCUAA